CCUUCGCUUGUUCUUUCCGGCGAGUUUUUUCACUGUCUCGAGACCGGCGGAGGAGAAGCGGAGGCGCGAGGCAGGAGGCGCGGGCUUUUGUGGGGUGAGGCGGAGGGCUGGAUGGGGUGGGAGUGAGAAAAAGCGAGUGGAGUCUGAGAGGGAGGCAGCAGCUCAUCUCAGCCCUCCCUGCAGAAUGGCCCAGCUGCCCUGAAUGUCCUUCGCGGCGGUCACUCAGACGUCUCCUUGAGAGAAAGGGCGGCAACUUGGACCCAGGACUAGGAGCUCUGAAUCGGAACGCUUCGUAUCACCCCUUCCGUCUCUUUUGAAAAGUGGAUCGGCGCGAGAAGAACAUCUAAGCGGUCAUGUGGCGCGGGCGGCUGCUGCGCUUUUCCCUGGGGCUCGCGGCCGUGCUGUCGCUGUCCGUCGUAGCGGAGCGAGGCGCUGCCGCGCGGGACGGCGGGACGGAAGCGCCGCGCGCGAGCCGGGCGAAGCGAAGAGGCGGCUUUCCAGAUGUGCUGAAGGGACCUAAUGUUUGUGGAUCGCGUUUCAAUGCUUACUGCUGUCCCGGAUGGAAGACCCUCUCCGGGGGAAACCAGUGUAUUGUCCCUAUUUGCCGGAGCUCAUGUGGGGACGGCUUUUGCUCCAGACCCAACAUGUGUACAUGCCCCAGUGGACAGAUCGCGCCUUCCUGUGGCUCAAAAUCAGUUCAGCACUGCAAUAUCCGCUGCAUGAAUGGAGGCACCUGUGCUGAGGACCAUUGCCUCUGUCAGAAGGGCUACAGCGGAGCACACUGUGGGCAACCGAUGUGUGAAAAUGGAUGUCUGAAUGGGGGGAGAUGUGUGGCUCCCAAUCGCUGUGCCUGCACCUAUGGAUUCACUGGGGCCCAGUGUGAGAGAGAUUACAGGACGGGGCCCUGUUUUGCCUCCGUGAGCAACCAGAUGUGCCAAGGUCAGUUGACCGGCAUUGUGUGCACAAAGAGCUUGUGCUGUGCCACUGUGGGGCGUGCCUGGGGACACCCCUGCGAGAUGUGUCCAGCUCAGCCGCAUCCAUGCCGCAGGGGCUUUAUUCCCAACCAUCGCACCGGGGCGUGUCAAGACGUGGAUGAGUGCCAGGCCAUUCCUGGGCUGUGUCAGGGUGGAAACUGUAUCAACACCAUCGGCUCCUUUGAGUGCAAGUGCCCGGCUGGCCACAAGUUAAACGAAAUCUCUCAGAAGUGUGAAGAUGUGAACGAGUGUGUCACUAUUCCUGGGGUCUGCAGUGGGGGCGAGUGCUCUAACACUAUCGGGAGCUACUUUUGCAAGUGCCCUCAGGGGUACCUCACAUCCCAAGAUGGCUCCAGGUGCAUUGACAGCAGAGUGGGCUACUGCUUUGCCACUUUUGAGAAUGGCCGCUGCACCAACCAGAACUCCCAGCUACUGACUCGAAUACAGUGCUGCUGUGAUAGAGCCAGGUGUUGGUCAGAUGGGUCCACUCCGGAGCUGUGCCCCGUGGCAGGAACAGUGGAGUACCAGAAUCUGUGCACUCAGGUCCAACUUGGUGGCCCUGGGAUUGCAGUAGGCCCAGGGGGUCCAUUGGGACCUGGAGGUCCACUGGGACCUGGAGGUCCAUUGGGACCUGGAGGUCCAGUCAUCUAUGGUGGUCCUGGUAGUCCAACAGAUCCUGGAAGGCCAGGUGGAACAGUAUAUGUGGGUGGAGGUCCUGGCCAACCUCAAGUACCCGUCCUACCAGAUAUCCGGUUUCCUUUCCAGGUCCAUCCUCCAGUAAUCCUGCCCCAAAACAUCACUAACAUAUGCGAAGUCUACCAACGUCUGUGCCUGAAUGGCCGCUGUGUGCCAGUUCCUGGAUCCUACCGCUGCGAAUGCAACAUGGGCUAUCGCCAGGACAGGCAGGAUGAGUGUGUAGAUGAAGAUGAGUGUCAGCGGAACCCAUGCACACAUGGCCAGUGCGUGAACACGCCAGGUUCCUACUUCUGUCAGUGUCCUCCUGGGUUCCAGAGCACUGCCACUAGGACCGAGUGUCGGGAUCUGGACGAGUGUGUGGCCAAUGGGCGGAUUUGCAACAAUGGCCGCUGCGUCAACACUGAUGGCAGCUUCCACUGCGUCUGCAAUGCCGGCUUUGAGGUCUCGCCUGAUGGGAAGAACUGCCAAGACCAAGAUGAGUGCCUGAUCAGAAACAUCUGCCUAAAUGGACUAUGCAUUAAUGAAGAUGGCAGCUUCAAAUGCAUCUGCAAGCCUGGCUUCAUCCUGGACUCCACUGGACGGUACUGCACAGACAUUGACGAGUGUGAAACUCAAGGCAUUUGCAUGAAUGGCCGCUGUGUAAACACAGAGGGUUCCUUCCGUUGUGAAUGCAUGUCCGGCCUGGCGGUGGGACUGGAUGGACGUGUGUGUGUGGACACACACACACGCAGCACAUGCUAUGGUGGCUAUAAGCAGGGCCAGUGUGUGCGGCCCUUAUCUGGUGCUGUCACAAAGUCUGAGUGUUGCUGCUCAAACCCUGAAUACGCCUUUGGGGACCCCUGCCAGCCUUGCCCCUCACAGAGCUCAGCGGAGUUCCAGGCGCUCUGCAGUAAUGGAGUAGGAAUCACUAGCGAUGGCAGAGAUAUAAAUGAGUGUGCUUUGGACCCAGAAAUCUGUCAGAAUGGAAAUUGUGAGAACAUGAUGAGGACAUACAAGUGUAACUGUAAUGCAGGCUAUGAGGUGGACUCCACGGGCAAGCGCUGUGUAGACAUCGACGAAUGUGCCAGGAGCCGGCUGCUGUGUGAUAAUGGGGAGUGCAGGAACACACCUGGCAGUUUCUCAUGUACCUGUCCCAGAGGCUUCGUCUUUCAGCCAGAAUCUGAUGUUUGUGAAGAUGUGGAUGAGUGUAAAUCCAACCCCUGUAUAAAUGGUGAUUGCAAGAACACCAUCGGGUCCUUUUUCUGCCAGUGUUCACCAGGCAGCACGCUUGACAGUUCACAAACUCACUGUGUAGAAACCUUAAAGGGUUCAUGUUGGCUGAAGGUGAUUGACAACCACUGUGAGAUCAACAUCAAUGGGGCCACAUUGCGGUCACACUGCUGUGCAACACUAGGAGAAGCCUGGGGCAGCCCGUGUGCUCGGUGCCAACCAGAUCCAUUUUGCUCUAAGGGAUAUGCCAGAGUAAGGGGGACAGUUUGUGAAGAUGUAAAUGAGUGUGAGGUGUUUCCCGAAGUUUGCAUUAACGGGAAGUGUAUAAACACGGUGGGAUCUUUUGUUUGCCAAUGCCCCGGUGGAAAGACCUUGGACACUUCUGGCAGAACAUGCAUUGACCAACGCACUGAGCAGUGCUACCUGAGCUAUGAAGACGAGCGCUGUACCUCUCCGAUCCCAGGUCGCCACCGCAUUGAUGCAUGCUGUUGCUCAGUGGGUGUAGCCUGGGGUCCUGAGUGUGAUGAGUGCCCAGAGAAGGGGAGUCCUGAGUACAGCCUACUCUGCCCACGCGGAUCAGGCUUCUCCCACAGGGGUGAUUUUGUAAAUGGAAAGCCUAUCCUCAAAGACAUCAACGAGUGCAAGAUGAUCCAUAGUUUGUGCACCAAUGGGAAAUGCAGGAACACUGUUGGCAGUUUCAGGUGCAAGUGUGACAGUGGCUUCUCCUUGGACUCCAAUGAAAGGAACUGCACAGACAUUGACGAGUGCCAGAUCUCACCAGACCUGUGUGGCCAGGGAACCUGUGUGAACACACCAGGGGACUUUGAGUGCAAAUGCUUUGAAGGAUAUGAGAGCGGUUUCAUGAUGAUGAAGAAUUGCAUGGAUAUUGAUGAGUGUGAGCAGAACCCGCUGCUGUGCCAUGGGGGGGACUGUGUGAACACAGAAGGAAGCUUCCAGUGCAGUUGUCCUGAAGGACAUCAGGUUGCUCCUGAUGGAUCUGCCUGCCUGGACAUCAAUGAAUGUGAACUGAGUGACAAACUGUGCAAGAACGGGCACUGCGUGAACAUGGUAGGAGGCUACCAGUGCUCCUGUGACACAGGAUACAAAUCAACAGAAGACGGGCUUUCCUGUGUCGAUAUUGAUGAGUGCACCAUCCAGAAUGGGGGGUGUGAGGAUUUCUGCACCAACUCCGAAGGCAGCUAUGAGUGCAGCUGUCGCACUGGCUAUGCCCUGAUGCCUGACCAGAGGAGCUGCACAGAUAUUGACGAGUGUGAGAACACACCUGACAUCUGUGAUGGCGGCCAGUGCACAAACAUCCCUGGACAAUACCAUUGCCUGUGCUUUGAUGGCUUCAUGUCCUCGGAGGACAUGAAAUCAUGUCUUGACGUGGACGAGUGUGAGCUCAACUCGAACAUCUGCCUGAGUGGCAACUGUGAGAAUACAAAGGGCUCCUUCAUCUGCCACUGCGACCUGGGCUACUCUGUCAGGAAAGGGACCACUGGUUGCACAGACAUAAAUGAAUGUGAGAUUGGAGCUCACAACUGUGACCGCCAUGCCACCUGCACCAACACUGCCGGUAGUUUCAAAUGCAGCUGCGGGCCUGGGUGGAUUGGGAACGGGAUAAAAUGUACAGACCUGGACGAGUGCUCCAAUGGCACCCACAUGUGCAACAACAAUGCAGAGUGCAAGAACACCAUGGGUUCUUACCGCUGUCUGUGUAAGGAGGGUUUCAGUGGGGAUGGAUUCUCCUGUACAGACAGCGAUGAGUGUGCAGACAACCUCAAUCUGUGUGAAAAUGGAAACUGCCUGAACGUACCGGGUGGCUACCACUGCGAGUGUGACAUGGGUUUCAUUCCCACAUUGGACAGCAAGGCCUGCGAAGACAUUGACGAGUGCUCCUUUGAGGGCGUCUGUGUCAAUGGAAGGUGUCAGAAUAUGCAAGGUCUGUUCAGGUGCUAUUGCCAUACAGGGUAUGAAUUGGACGUCAGCAGAGCCAACUGCACAGAUAUCAAUGAGUGUGCAGAUCCAAUGAGGUGCAUCGGUGGCAUCUGUGUGAACACUCCUGGCAGCUACAUCUGCAACUGUCCUCCAGACUUUGUACUCAAUCCAACCAAAGUUGGCUGUGUAGAUACUCGAUCUGGUAGCUGUUACCUGGAUGUACGUUUCCGAGGCGACGCAUCUGAAAGCCUACAUUGUUCCAAUGAGAUCGGAGUGGGUGUAUCCAAGGCCUCUUGCUGCUGCUCUUUGGGCCAAGCCUGGGGGAAUCCUUGCGAAGCCUGUCCUUCUCUCAACUCUUCGGCGUACAAGACCUUAUGUCCAGGCGGGGAGGGUUUUCGCCCUAACCCCAUCACAGUUAUUCUAGAAGACAUAAACGAGUGCCAGGAACUACCAGGCCUGUGCCAAGGGGGGAACUGCAUCAAUACCUUUGGAAGCUUCCAGUGCGAGUGUCCUAGGGGCUUCGAGCUCAACCAGGACACCAGGAUCUGUGAAGAUGUGAACGAGUGUGAGAGGCCCGGGAUCUGCGGACCUGGCCAGUGUUACAACAGCAUAGGGAACUACACCUGCAUCUGCCCCCCAGACUAUAUGCAGGUCAAUGGUGGAAACAACUGCAUGGAUAUGCGGAAAAGCCUGUGUUACAGGAACUACCAUUCGGACAAUGGCACAUGUGACGGCGAGCUCGCCUUCAACAUGACCAAGAAGAUGUGCUGCUGCUCAUACAACAUUGGCCGGGCCUGGAACAAGCCUUGCGAACAGUGUCCAGUCCCCAGUACCAAUGAGUUUACCAUUCUCUGUGGCAGUGAGAGACCAGGGUAUUACAUUGACAUCUACACUGGAAAGAUUAUAGACAUUGAUGAGUGUAGGGAGAUUCCAGGCAUAUGCGAAAAUGGUGUGUGCAUCAACAUGGUUGGGAGCUUCAGGUGCGAGUGUCCCAUGGGCUUCGUCUACAACGACAAGUUUCUCAUCUGCGAAGACAUCGAUGAGUGCCAGAAUGGGCCUGUGUGCCAGCAAAACGCUCGCUGCUUGAAUUUGCCGGGGAGCUUCCGCUGCGAGUGCAAGCCUGGCUACCGCUUCACCUCCACUGGCCACUGCCUUGACCGCAAUGAGUGCAUAGAGAAUCCCAAUGUGUGCAGUCCGGGCACGUGUAUUGACGUGGUGGGGAGUUACCGCUGCAUCUGCCCCAGUGGAUACAAAACAACCUCAGAUUCCUCUAUGUGCAUUGACAUGGACGAGUGCGAAAGGCAGCCAUGUGGAAAUGGGACGUGUAAGAACACGGUGGGAUCAUACAGCUGCCUGUGCAACCCUGGGUUUGAGCUGUCACACAAUAACGACUGUGUUGAUGUGGACGAAUGCGCUACACAAAGGGGUGUGUGCAGGAAUGGGAUGUGCUUCAACAGCAUAGGAUCAUUCUCGUGCGUUUGUCAUGAUGGCUUUGAACUCUCACCUGAUAAGAGGAGCUGUGUUGAUGUCAAUGAAUGUUUGGUAAACCCGGGCACCUGUGGUCCUGGAACAUGUCAGAACUUAGAGGGAACGUACAGGUGUAUAUGUCCAUUUGGCUACUACCUGGUGAAUGAGCAGUGUCGAGACAUUGACGAGUGUGCACAGAAUGCAGACCUCUGUCUCUUUGGCACGUGCACGAACACGGAGGGCAGUUUCAAAUGCGAAUGUCCCGAAGGCUUCCAGCUGUCUUCGUCGGGGAUCAGGUGUGUGGACAUUCGUGUGAACUAUUGCUACACCAAGUUUGAGAACGGUCGCUGUUUAUCCCCAAAACCCCACAAUACUACCAAGGCCCAGUGCUGCUGCAGUGCCAUGCCUGGCCAAGGCUGGGGUGACCCCUGCGAGAUUUGCCCUACCAUGCAAGAGAAGGGCUUUUCGUUACUCUGCCCUGCUGUUGGCCAGAUUCUUGGUCCAGAUGAUUCUCUUGUAGACAUCGACGAGUGUCAGUCAAGCUCCAAUAUUUGUAAUAAUGGCGAGUGCAUCAACACGGAUGGCUCCUUCCGUUGCGAGUGUCCCUUUGGCUUCCGAUUAGACUAUACAGGCAACAACUGUCAAGAUACCAAUGAAUGUGAAUUGGGUAACCCCUGUGGAAAUGGGACAUGCACAAAUAUCGUUGGAGCUUUUGAGUGUGCCUGUGAUGAAGGCUUUGAACCUGGGCCAAUGAUGACCUGUGAAGAUGUGAACGAGUGCGCACAGAACCCCCUGCUGUGUGCAUUCCGCUGCGUCAACACAGUGGGCUCCUAUGAGUGUAAAUGCCCUGCAGGCUACGUCUUGCGGGAGGACAAGAGGAUGUGCAGAGAUCAGAAUGAGUGUGAGGACGGGAUUGAUGACUGUGAAAGCAAGGGAAUGACCUGCAAGAAUCUGAUAGGCACCUAUAUGUGCAUUUGCCCCCCUGGCUACGUCAGACAACCCAAUGGGGAAGGCUGCAUGGACUUGAACGAGUGCGCAGCCAAGCCAGGCAUAUGUCUGAACGGCCGCUGUGAGAACACGGUGGGCAGCUAUCGCUGCAAAUGUGACCAGGGCUUCAUCGCCAGCCCCACGCAGACUGAGUGUAUUGACAACCGACAAGGCUUCUGCUUCACAGAGGUGCUACAGACCCUUUGUCAGAUGACAUCAAGCAACCGGGUCAGUGUCACCAAGUCAGAGUGUUGCUGCAAUGGUGGCCGUGGCUGGGGGCCCAACUGCGAGCUCUGCCCUCUUCCGGGGACCACCCAGUACAAGCGCUUGUGCCCACUGGGGCCUGGCUACACCACUGAUGGAAAAGAUAUUGAUGAGUGUCGUGUCAUGGGCAACCUGUGCCGCAAUGGCCGAUGUGUAAAUUCUCUGGGCUCUUACGUUUGUGUGUGUAAGCCAGGCUACACUACUGACAUCACGGCCACCACCUGCAUAGAUGUGGAUGAGUGCGCCCAGGCACCAAAACCCUGCAAUUUCCUCUGCAAGAACACUGAUGGGAGCUACCUGUGUUCCUGCCCCAGGGGUUACCUCCUGCAGGAGGAUGGCAAGAGCUGUAGAGACCUGGAUGAGUGUUCUACAAAACAACACAACUGUCAGUUCCUGUGUGUCAAUACCAUUGGAGGCUUCACCUGCAAGUGUCCGCCCGGGUUCACCCAGCACCACACGGCUUGCAUUGACAACAAUGAAUGCACCACCGACCCAGGCCUGUGCGGGUCCAACGGAGUGUGUCAGAACAGCCCCGGCAGUUUCAACUGCGAGUGCCAACGUGGAUUCUCCUUGGACCAGACUGGACAGAAAUGUGAAGACAUGGAUGAAUGUGAUGGGAACCACCGGUGUCAGCAUGGCUGCCAGAAUCUGGUUGGGGGUUAUCGUUGCAACUGCCCCCACGGCUACCUGCAGCAUUACCAGUGGAACCAGUGCGUGGAUGAGAAUGAGUGCCAGAACAGCAAUGUGUGUGGAGAGGCCUCCUGCCACAACACUCUGGGGAGCUUCCGCUGCCUGUGUCCCAGUGGCUUUAGCUUCCAGCAGGCUAGCGCUAGCUGCCAAGAUGUUAACGAGUGCUCCUCCACUCAGAACCCCUGCAACUAUGGCUGCUCCAACACUGACGGGGGCUACCUUUGUGGCUGCCCCCCAGGCUAUUAUCGAGCUGGACAAGGGCACUGUGUGUCUGGACUGGGCUUCAGCGGUGGAAGCCUGGCAUCAGCCCAGGAAGGAGAAGCCAGUGACAACACCCUCUCUCCUGAAGCCUGCUAUGAGUGCAAAAUCAACGGUUACCCCAGAAAGGGAAGGAGACGCAGGAGUGCUAAUAAAACAGACCAUGAGGCCUUGGGAAGCUCAGAGAGUGAAGAGGAGUCAGUCAGUCUUGCCAGCAUUGACACUGAUCACACUAUGCUGUUCCACUUCAACCUCACUGACCUGAACAGGAAAGACCACCUGCUGGAGUUUGUCCCAGCCCUGUCCGCUCUCACCAAACAUGUCCGGUAUGCAAUUGACUUUGGGAACGAUGAGGGUUUCUUCAAGAUCAACCACAAGGAAGGAUUAAGCUACCUUCAUGUUACCAAGAAGAUGCCGCUUCCUGGGGCCUAUUACUUACAAGUCAGCAGUAUUCCGCUGUACACCAAGAUGGAUCUGAUGAGGCUGGAGGACCAACAUGACAAAGACUACCUCACGGGACAGCUAGGAGAGAUGCUGAAAAUGAAGGUGCAGAUUGUUUUUCACUAGCAGCAUCUGGUAACCAUGGAAUUAGCUCGCCAGGUAAGAAAUGAAGGGACUGCAAAGAUAGGUCCACAUAUCAUGAAUAUAAUCUCUUAUGAAGCGUAAUCGGUUUACAAGGCAGCACUAUGCUCUUCAGGCAGAUAGCAAAAAGGAAAUGAAAAGGCUUGAGGAGAAUCCUUCCCGAAGCAACCACUUCCUCAGGCUUCAUUGUGAACGCUGUCCUCAAUAAGGGUUUGUACAGUGAUAUGUUGAAUGCUAUGAUGCAUCGUGAGGCACGUUCAUCAUAAGAAGGCACUGCUGCUGAGACCCAUCGCCACUUAGCAGAGGCUGAAGAUGUGUCCAGGUUCAAGGAACUGUUAUUUUUUCCAUAACUUUGCUUCUCCAUUUCCUUCACUGAAUUAAAACAGCAUUGUAUUAUAUCAGUUGGUGCUAGCAACAUGACAUUCUAGAUUUACAAAUGCACUGUAAUAUUUAAUGCAGUAGCCAUGCAACUUUUCUACUGUCAAAAGAUUGUUUCUUUGCAGCCAACCAAAGUUGGGUCAGAUAUGCCUUGUCAUGUUAUAUCUAUGCUACAUUUAAAUUGAGUGUUUAUACUGUAAUCAUGCAACUUUUUUAAUCAAAAAACUUUUAAAACUAAGCGACGCCCAUUAUGGAAGGGUCUCCUUAUGGUGCUUUUAUGAUCAGCUCUUUCCGUUUAACUGUGUAUUCCAAUCUGAGGACUCCUGUGACUCAAAUGUAUUUGCACUGAGGCCUUGAAGGUCACGCAUCUCCAUAAGAACAUUCAGUGCUGCCACUGGAGAUGUCAUCAAGGGAUCCAUUUUCCUGCUCCAGUGUCUCUUCAUUCACUGUCCGACACACAUACACACAGGUCCAGUUCCCAUAACCUUACAAUAAAACCUUUUUGGAUUAUAACAGGA